CGGAUAUAGAUUUAUCCGGGAACGGAGAAGCAAACUUCUAGAUAUGGCGGAGAAGCUUGCGCCGGAGAAGCGACAUGAUUUCGUUCACAACGGGCAAAAGGUGUUUGAGUGGGAUCAAACCCUUGAAGAAGUGAACUUGUAUAUAACUUUGCCUCCCAACGUUCAUCCAAAGGCUUUCCACUGCAAAAUCCAAUCGAAACAUCUCGAAGUUGGGAUCAAAGGCAACCCUCCUUACCUCAAUCACGAUCUUAGUGCUCCGGUGAAGACGGAUUGCUCGUUCUGGACCCUAGAGGAUGAUAUAAUGCACAUUACUCUGCAGAAGAGGGAGAAAGGGCAGACAUGGGCAUCGCCGAUUCUAGGACAGGGUCAGUUAGAUCCUUACGCUACUGAUCUAGAGCAGAAGCGGCUCAUGCUGCAGAGGUUUCAAGAAGAGAACCCAGGAUUCGACUUUUCGCAAGCUCAGUUCACGGGUAACUGUCCAGAUCCAAGGAGCUUCAUGGGCGGUAUUCGUUCUGACUAGUCCUCCUCUACUCUUGUUUCCAUACGAUCCAUUAUAAAACUGCUUAUUGCUUAUCAAGGAGAAAUGUCUCAAUGCGCUCAUAAACAAACGCCCUGACUAACUAUCUUAUGUAAUCGUCUUUAAACUGUUUAAUUCACUCAUGAAUAAACAAAAUGCCUUACCUCGUCUCUGUGUUAGUUAUUCUUGUAUUCCCGACAACAACAUCAGAAUCUUCAAACAAAAGUUGAACAGAAGCCCGUUCAUUCAUCUCA